UAUAAAUACAGGCGAGGCGGCUGAUGGGAGAUUUAAAUGACAAACGCUCCUCAGACGGAUAAAUUGGAUUAAAUAUUUUACGCUUAAAUUGGACUGUUUGCUAUCACAAACGAUGGAACGCAAUACUGUAAUGUUUUCGGCACUUAUUCUUGUCUGGCUUACACUCGUAAACGGAUCCCCGGCAUCUUUGGAAGUGGGCAAACUUACCAAAGCAACAAAUGUUUCAUGGUCCUCUUACAAUUUCAAAACAAUCCUAACAUGGGGACCUAAGCCUGUCAACUACACAUAUACAGUUGAAUUUUCAAGAGUUGGUAGGGACAAAGUGAGAAACCCUCACUGCAUCAGAAGCUCUGAGACUGAGUGUGACCUGACUAAUGAACUUGAACUAAAGGGGGUUUAUUCUGCUGAUGUCCUAUCCGAGUCUCCACUGGGGUCUGCUGACUAUGUGGAGCCCCCUUACACCAGAUCAGAGACGUUCUGUCCUUAUAAUGACACUAUAAUUGGAAGACCUGAGUUUAGGUUGAACGCGAAUAAGAACAAUAAGAUUAUGCUGAUCAUACAAGACCCCAUCACAGCUUUGCACAAAGAUGGCAGAUCUCUGAACAUCCGUGACGUCUUUAAGAAAAAUCUCAAGUAUAAGAUUGCAUACAACAAGGCUGGAAGCACAGGAAAAAAAAUGCGAACUGUGGAUGAGAGCAAAGCCGAGUUUAAUAGUCUAGAUGAGGAUCAGAGUUACUGCUUCAGCGUGGCGGCAUACAUCCCCUCUCGUAAAGGAGACAAGAGGAUCGGAGAGUGGAGCCUCCCAAAGUGCUCACCACAGGAGCACAAGACCCUGAUUGAGGUCUAUGGACUUGCUGUGAUUGGAGGAGCAACGCUCAUUAUACUGGCUUUUGUAAUUGCUGUAAUCGUUCUGAUCGUGGUUUGCUGUAAACGAGCACGAAGACAAACAUCGAUGGCCAAGGAGAUAAAGGAAUACAACAUUUCUGAUGUUUGAGCUCCAAACGGGAGGUACAGCUGGACUAUAACCGUUUACACGCGGAGCAGAACCUGUGUGUGUGUGUGUGUGUGUGUGUGCGCGCGCGCGCGUAGCACACCUGCAGUACAGCACUGGACUGGUUUCUAUGAAACUCUUAACACUACAUGAUAUGUUGUACAUAUCAGACCUUUUUUUUUUUUCUCUUUUUUUUGUCAUAGAUGUAUUGUAUUUGAAAUGUAUUGGUUUAUUAAAUGCCAUUAUUUAUUAUUUUCUUUAGAAAUACAUGUAUUAGCUGCUUUGUGUAUACAGUAUUAUAUCUAGUAGAAAAAGAAAUAUUUAUAUUUAUGUUUUUUAAUAUCUAGGAACUUCAAAAGAUAGAAACCGCAAAUAAAUUAUUAUACUUGU